AUGUUUAAGUGUGACGGUCGAUAUAUCGGAACACCGAAAGACUGUGGAUCUUUGUAUAGAAGAAUGAAUAAGGUAUUUGACGAAACUAUCGAGGAUAUUGGAGCUGAAAGAAUUGAGAAAAAACUCUUUGAAGCACGUCGAAAUUAG